AUGUCGAAUUCAGCGAUGGACAAUAGUUUUGAGCCUAGUUCAUCAAAUUCAGCCUUUUCGGCACUGUAUCGAAGAGAUUUUGGAAACGCGAUGAAUUCAUCAACCGUACCACGCAAAAUGUUCUCAACGCCAGUGAAACCGGUGACGCAGGAGCGCUUCGCCAGUGUGAGGGAAAAAGUGGUGAGGGAAUCGCCCUAUUUGUACAAAAGCAAGAUACUAUCAAGCCCAGUCAAGGACGGAAAGCGAGUCUCCAAAAGCGUGGGCGGAACGCCUCUUGCAAGGCCUACAGUGUUCCAAAAAUCCAGACCCACAAGCUCAGAAUCAACUUCGAACGAAACAGAAGCUAAGGGAACAGUAGCAUCUGAGAACACGGAGAGCGUCUUGGGGGGGUUCGAAAACCCCGUGCUUGCUCAAUAUUCAUGCAGGAUCGUUAACAAAGAGCUCGAGACCCGCAAAAUAAUUUCAAAUUUACUUGCUGUGCUUGUUUGGAAUCUGGCGUUGAAGUUUCUAAGCUUGUACCUCGACCAUACCUUACAUGGAGCUGGUUUCAGCAAGCGGGUCGCAAAAUGGGUGCAAGAAACUUUAGUGUAUCGUAUUAAUCCAUAUGCAGAUUUCGAGCACUCAAGAUGGGCGCGGCUAAUCACACUUGCCAAUGUUUCUCAUAUAUUCCAUCUGAUUAUCUUCUACAAUGUUACUGUCUCAUUGUGGAGGCUCCUUGUCAAAUCCCAGAAUGUCAAGAUUGAUGACCUGCACUUGAACCAGCGCCAGAAACAGCUGCUCGGCCUUUCAGAUCAGACACAAACUUCCAGCGCUCUACCGCGCGUCGUGCUUGCAGCCAGUCCUCAAGAACCUUUGUCAAAGCCAACUAGCUUGGCUUCAAGCCCUCACAAAGCUUCAGCGCCGCCAGUUUUUCUAUUCAAGUCGCUACAAACGCCUCUAAAAUCUAAAGAACGUGCCGCCGCUGCGGAACGCGCUGGCGUAAGAAGUGAACGUGCACCCAAAAUAAAUGCUUUUGGUGACCUGCGAUCUUCUGUUUUGAAAAAGUCGAGCCUGACGCCUUCUCAUGUUAGUAGUGGACUGUUACCGACCGCAAUGAAUCGCACGGGCUAUAUUCCUAGCAGUAAAUAUGCAUAUAUGCGCGACUCACCGAGCCCAAGGAAAACGAUGUAG